CAUGAUACCCAGGCUUGCCUGCUAGCAGGCUGCCAUGUCUCGCGAGGCAGGUUCAUGCCGAGUGGGCACUGGGACAAGGGCACGGUCAAGGAAGCCCAAGAAGCCACAUUACAUUCCACGGCCCUGGGGCAAACCCUAUAACUAUAAGUGUUUCCAGUGUCCCUUCACCUGCCUGGAGAAGUCACAUCUCUAUAACCACAUGAAGUACAGCCUCUGCAAAGACUCCCUCUCUCUACUGUUAGACUCCCCUGACUGGGCAUGCCGCCGUGCGCCCCCCUCGCCCAGGCCUCGGGUGCCCACCCCCAACGGCUCCACAGACUUCUCAGACCCUGGUAGUCAGCCUACUGUGCCGGAUCUCAUUGUCACUGAUAGCCUUUCCCAGCGUCGUUGUGGCAGGGGCCCCAAACCUGGACCAGAAGAGUCCCCGGGGUCACUGCCCCCUCUGGCUAGAGCCAUCCGGAAGGGUCCAGGCCCCAGUAGUCUCUUGGCAGAGUCAUGGAAGCCAAGGCUGAGCGGUGGUGGUCUGAUGAGCGAGGCCCUUGGGGCUGUGGCUUCAGCAGGUUCUGAGAGGAGUGCCCCCUGCUACCCACCACCCGCCCAGGGAGAGUUCCCUGAAGCCCAGAGCCUCCACCUGUCUUUGCUGGGUGUCAACUACCCUCUUGGCCCAGGCCUCUUCUCCUACCUGGGGCCCUCCCUGGCGGCUGCCGCAGCCCACAUGCCCUUCCUGGCCUCCACCAGCCCCUUGCUGCCCCCCGCAGCUUUCCCAGCCCCACAAACACCGGAGCGCCCAGGCCUGGCCCCCCGCCUGUACUACCCACUGCUCCUGGAGCACAGCCUAGGACAGUCAGCAGCCAGGGCUGCCCCCGCCAAGCCCUCUGUGCCCCUCAAGGGCCCCCCCGGGGCUCUGGCUGCUCCUGGGCUGCUGAAGGUGCCCGUGCCAGGGCUGGGGGCACCUUGGCCUCCUGGCUUGUCCAGAGACCCAGGGCACGAAGGAGAGCUGGAACGGGUGCCUCAGAGCAACCAGCAGAAGAGGCUGCCCCCGGGCAGCCUGCCUGAGCUCCCAAAGGCCCCCUCCUCGAACCCGGCAAAAUUUGGCUGUCAGAGCAGCCUGCCAACAGGCACCUCCCUGAUAUUCUGGCCUGAGGACAAGGAGCCAGGUAACCCUGAGGCCCCAGGCCCUGAGGUCCAUCUUCUGCAGCAGUCACAAGGCCAAGCACUAGGAAGUCCCGGCCCAGUGGGAGAGGACCUGAGCCAGGCCUUUGGUGACUACGCCAGGGUGGAAGAGUGCUUGGGGCAGCUGGCACCGGCUGGGGAUCUGGCCCCUAGACCUCUACGGGAGCAGCUUGGCAAGAUUCGCCGCGAGCUGUUCAACAUCCAUCAGGCGCUGGCCCGGGCAGCUCGGCCACUGGACACACCCCUGGACCUCUCCGUGAAGCGGGUGCCUACCAAGGGAACUAAGGCACCUUCAGAGUCCUGGGGGCUGCCUGAUCCAAGCCCCAUGCUGGCAAGGGGGGCCUCUGAGCCCUCCAGCAUACUGGGCCCUGUCCUUGAGCCUUUCUCUAGCCAUACCACCAAGUGUGAGGCUGACUCCAGUGUCCCACCUCCUGUCCUCCCGCUCCAGGCCCCUGAGGACCACGUAAUUCCCGGUGGCGGCUGGGGUAACCGUCUUGGGGCUGGCAGCUCCCAGACCCCUAAAGAUACCCCUAGCUUGCAGAUCCUCCCAGGUGCUGAGGUCUGUCCACAGCCACCUUAAUGUGUGGGCUCAUCUCCCUGACCUGGGCCCCAUUGUCUGGGCCUGUCCAGUGUCGGUGUGCAUGUAUUCUGGACAGAUACCCCCGUUCCCCCCACUAGCUCAUGGUAGAGGUUUAUCUCUGGGGUCACAUGGACAUAACAAGGUCAUGAUUUAUUUAUUGAACAGAGUUGUGGACAUUAAAAUA